AUGGGCGGGCACCCUGCUGGGCCCGCUGGCCCCCUCCUCCUGCUGGAGCCCGCCCUCUUUUCCCGCUCGAGCCUCCUUCAGCCUGCGCCGGUCUCUCCCCUCUUCGUUCCUCGCUCCGCUGGCGCGACCACUGGGGCGGAAGGCCCCCCACUUUCUGCAGCCGCGCGCGGCCGCCCGUGGAGUCUCACCAGCACGCGCCCGCGCGCGUCGUCGGGCGCAGGGCCUGUGCGCGCGCUUCUCCUCGCGAGGCUGCAGCGGGCCAGGGGCGAGGCGGCACCGGGCGGCUCUGGCUUGCGAGACGUCUUGGCGGGAGGGGCGACACGCUAUCAGCUCGCAGGCCAUGAUUAG